UGGGCCAAGCGCCUGGCGCGGCGACUGCGAGGUCUGUGGGGGACCAGGCUCAUGGAAGAAAGCAACACCAGCAGAGAACGAUAUCUGAAAAGUGUUUUACGGGAGUUGGUUACGUACAUGGUUUUCCUUGUGGUCUUAUGUGUCCUGACUUAUGGGACAGUGAGUUCCAGUAUGUACUAUUACACAAGGGUUAUGUCGCAGCUCUUCCUGGAAACACCUGUAUCAAAAAUGGAGAAAACUGAUUUCAAAACUUUGUCCACAAUGGAUGACUUCUGGAAGUUCACAGAAGGCCCUUUACUGGAUGGUCUUUACUGGGAGAUGUGGUACAACAACAAAACCAUGGCAGAAAACAAAAGCUUCAUUUAUUAUGAGAACCUGCUCCUAGGGGUGCCUCGCAUUCGGCAGCUGAAAGUGAGAAAUGGUUCGUGCUCAAUACCUGAAGAUUUAAAGGAUGAAAUCAAAGACUGCUAUGAUGUCUAUUCUGUAGCUAAUGAAGAUACUGCUCCUUUUGGACUUCGAAAUGGAACAGCUUGGACGUACACCAAUGAGAAGGAUUUGAAUGGGAGCAGCCACUGGGGCUUGAUUGCCACAUACAGUGGGGCUGGUUAUUACCAAGACCUCUCAAGGACCAGAGAAGUGACAGCUGUGCAGAUUGCUAGCCUUAAGAAGAACCUGUGGCUGGACAGAGGGACCAGAGCAGCUUUCAUUGAUUUCUCCGUAUACAAUGCAAACAUCAACCUAUUCUGCGUUGUCAGGUUGUUAGUGGAGUUUCCAGCGACUGGAGGCCUUGUUACGUCUUGGCAGUUUCAGCCAGUGAGGCUGAUUCACUACAUCUCCACUUUUGAUUUUUUCCUGGCAGCCUGUGAAAUGGCAUUUUGUCUUUUUGUUUUUUAUUAUAUGGUGGAAGAGAUCUUAGAAAUUCACAUUCAUAGACUGCACUACUUCAGAAGUCUCUGGAAUUGCCUUGAUAUCCUUAUCAUUGUGCUCUCUGUGGUAGCUAUAGGAAUUAGCAUCUAUAGGACAUCAACUGUUGAUAUGCUCCUGAAGAAGCUGCUGGAAGAUCAGAACUCGUUCCCCAAUUUUGAACCUUUGGCAUAUUGGCAAAUGCAAUUCAACAACAUUGCUGCAGUCACUGUGUUUUUUGUCUGGAUUAAGCUUUUCAAAUUUGUUAACUUCAACAGAACAAUGAGUCAGUUAUCCACUACCAUGUCUCGCUGCGUCAAAGAUGUCAUUGGCUUUGCUAUUAUGUUUUUUAUUAUUUUCUUAGCAUAUGCUCAGUUGGCCUAUCUUGUCUUUGGCACUCAAAUCGAUGACUUCAGCACUUUCCAGGACUGCAUAUUUACUCAGUUCCGCAUCAUUUUGGGAGACUUCAACUUCACAGAGGUUGAAGAAGCUAAUCGAAUUUUGGGACCAAUUUAUUUCACUACAUUUGUGUUCUUUAUGUUCUUCAUUCUUUUGAACAUGUUUUUGGCCAUUAUCAAUGAUACAUACUCUGAAGUCAAAUCAGAUAUGGCACAACAGAAGGCAGAAAUGGAACUGUCUGACCUUAUCAGAAAGGGCUACAACAAAGCCAUGAUCAAACUUAAAUUGAAGAAAACUACUGUUGAUGACAUUUCAGAAAGUCUGAGACAAGGUGGGGGAAAACUAAAUUUUGAUGAACUCCGGCAAGAUCUAAAAGGGAAGGGGCACACAGAUGCAGAGAUUGAAGCAAUAUUUACAAAAUAUGACCAGGAUGGGGACCAGGAAUUGACAGAGCAUGAACAUCAGCAGAUGAGAGAUGACCUGGAAAAAGAGAGGGAGGAUCUGGACCUGGAUAGGAGCUCUCUGCCACGUCCUCUGAGCAGCCGCAGCUUCCCCCGGAGCUUGGACGACUCCGAGGAGGAUGAGGAUGAAGACAGCGGACACAGCUCCAGGAGGAGGGGCAGCAGCUCUAGUGGGGUUUCCUAUGAAGAGUUCCAAGUACUCAUGAGGCGGGUAGAUCGCAUGGAGCAUUCUAUCGGCAGUAUUGUCUCCAAGAUCGAUGCAGUUAUUGUGAAGCUUGAAGCAAUGGAGAGAGCCAAACUAAAAAGGAGAGAUGUGUUGGGAAGACUGUUAGAUGGAGUGACAGAGGAUGAAAGACUGGGUCGUGACAAUGAAAUCCACAGGGAACAAAUGGAGCGACUUGUGCGAGAGGAGUUGGAGCGAUGGGAAUCAGAUGAUACGGCAUCCCAAAUGAGCCAUCGGUUGGGAACGCCACUUGGACUGAAUGGCCAGCCUCGUUCAAGGAACUCUCGGCCAUCUUCCUCCCAGUCGGAUGGUAUUGAUGGGGGAGGAGGAAAUGGGGGGAAUAACAUCCAUGUGUAGGAUUAACUUUGUAGGUGAUUCUAAACAUUUCAGGUCAGUAUUAAGCCAGCAAAUACACUGCUCCACUGUUUCCCAGUAUGAGGUGAUCGUCCUGAUCAGACCACUAAGGACAAUUUUCACUGGUGGGCAAAAGUAAAUAUUCUCUUCAUAAGGCAUUUUCAGACCUAUGUAAGCCAUGUGUCACAUUCAAGUUACCAACAGUGAGACUGUCACCCUUGGAAACGAAAAUGCAGGAGACAGAAUGGAAACCAGGUGUGACAAAAUCUACCUGGACAGAAUUUUGGUUCCAUACAUGUAUUUUGGGGAACACUUUCACGAGGGCAGCAAGCUUCAGACAAAAUAAUGUGCUGUGGCUAAAACACUCAAAUGAAAGGCUGAGUUUUCUGCUUUCUAUUGGAAAAUAUGAUUUUUAAAUGCUUUUAAAAGCAAUUUUUAAAAGAAGAUGGCAUCAGUUUAUUGUCUCCUUCAUUAUAACGGCUGAUACUUUUCAAAGAGAUAAAACAGCACUUUUUUUUUACUUUGAGUUUCUACCUAUUUUUCUGAGUUAUUCUUGGUGUACUAACAUUUUAAUUAACUUAAAUUGUUCAUUUUUUACUGUUUUUGAGAAAUACUAUGUUUCUUUAAACAGAAGAAAGUGCACUUAGUUUGCACAACUGUAAAUCACAUUAUUCCAUAAUAGAAACUGUACGCAUUACAUGGGUUUGCAUUUCAUUAGCAUUUCAAAAGUAAUAUUUGGGAAUGGCCUCCUCACACCCAAAUAACGUAAUCAUUUUCAGCUUUGUUGCAAAGUGCCCAUUUUCUAAUGCUAUGUUUUCAUGAUCUAAGUGUUCCUGGGAUAAACAUUCCACAGGUUCUUCGGUAAAUAUGGUUACUUUGCAGAAAAUGUAUUAUUUAAAAGCACACAAAAUUGAAAAACACUAACUCUUCCUUGGGUGUGACAGAGAAGGGGCAGAGACAUUGCUGACAGUUGGGAAAAUCCAAUCUUGUGCUCUAUCACAUUCUGAUCGCGUCUCGACUAUGUAGUUUGUAUUUACAUUUAACAGAACUGCUUGUAAAAUUAUUAAGUAUAUUUCUACAUAUGCUUUUCUGCUGAGGUGCAACAUGUGAUUCCUGUGGAAAGGUGUUUGUAGUAUAAUCACUGAUUUUUAGUAUUUAAUUUCCUCUGCUUUCCGUGUCAUAGAAGCUUUGUUUUUGAAAGGAGAUGCAACACUGAAAUUACGCUGGCUUCCUAUAGAAAGCAUCGAGGCAUAGUGUUUGUAGUUUUGCCUGGCAACGUGUUUCCGUAUGUUGAAUGCCGGGUUAGGAGGGAGGGUUUCAGUUGUGCUUUUUUCCUGAAGAUGGCAGUUGUCUUGUAUUAUUACACCGACUUAGAGUCGGUGUAAAGGAAAAUGGAAAGCUACAUAAUCAAACACAUCUUAACUAUUAGUAGGGUAUAUAGAGGAAACAAUGCCUACUUAACAAAGUGUAAGUAGCACGUAUAUGUUAGGUUGGUGCUUUUUAUUUCAAAAAGCAGUUAUUGCCAGGGGUUAGCACCUCAUUCUUGUGGUAGUACUGCUUAGGCAAAGCUUACAUCUUGCGUCUGUUCUUACCACUGCAUUGCCUGGAUGUACAAUGACUCAGAAUGCCUUCCCUCUAACCAGAGAACUUGUUAAAACUAAAUAGACUUCAUGACUUUCCCUAUUUUUAAUUUUACAAAAAAACAUAUGCACAGAAACUUAAUGUAAGGUGGAGCAGGAGGAAGUUCAAUGUGGAGAUUGGACCUUCUUAGUAGCUUUGGCUUGAGAACAGAACGACGUGGGAAAACAGGUUGUGAUUCUUGUGGAGUAUUUUUUCUUUCUGUGGGUUAUUUUGUCCUAUACUAGGAAGAAAUUCAUACUCUUUCACAAGAGACCCCGUCAACUUCCCAAAACAGCGCACAGCACAGUGGUUAGGGCAUUUGUGUGAAACGAGAGACAUGCAGACUAAGCUCUGUCUUGCCUUGAUUGAAAGUUUUUGGACCUUAGAAACCUUCCUGAGGAAAGCUUUUCUGUGUUGAACUGGCACUUCUGACUUUAAACAAACAAACAAACCAAAAAAACACUAGCUGUACACAUGGCCAGCUGGUGUGCAAGGAAAAUAGAAAAUACAAUACAAAGCCAUUUAAAUAUACAUAGCCUUGUCUUUAUAUUCAUAUCCAGAAUGUGUAGUAUGUUGGUAUGUGACAUGAUUUACAGCUUAAACUUUGAGGCAUGCUAACUAAUUACAUGUGUGUAACAUGGAAUUGAUGUUGGGUUUCUAGGGUCAAGGGUUCUAAGGUAGUAUUUAAAUAAUCAUGUACUUAAAAUCAAUGACUUUGGUCAAAUGACCCAACUUGAGUUGUCCAGCAAUCAGCUGGAACUUUACUAAGAAUACCUUGUGUUUAAGGUUUGUGCCUGUGGCCUGUAAAGCAUGUGGCAUGCUUGAGGUUUAUGGCAGCAGGGACUGGGGAGUGUGCAGAAGUGAUCUAGCAGUCGUGUGUUGGUAAGGCAGGGCCUUCCUGGGGGGAAAGAAAGCAAAACUAAACCGAUCAGUAUGGUUUUAAAUAGGUUUCCUGUAAAAAUGUAUCUUUCGAACUGUGUGAUUGAAUUUACAUUUUUAUCUUUUAUUUGUAGUAUAUGUUUAUUAUGAAAAUGUUUGCAUUCAUAGCUGUAUUUGUUAAGGUAUAUUUCUGUAACGUGUCGUUACUUAAUAACAAACUUCAUCUUGAAGUGCAGUAAGUUUUCAUGGGGUACCCGUGUGUGUUGACAAUGGGCCUUGCAAUAAGUGCAUAGCCACUUGACCAAUGUUACAAACAUUUUAUUACUUCAUUUUUCAACUUUAGAUUAUAAUAUCAUUUGUCACUUAUUACAAAGGUAAGGUUUUUGCGUAGUAAUGUACAGUGUUUGGUCGUAUUAGGAAGCUGUUAAUUAUGCAAGUCUUCUACAAUGAUCAAGAAUGUAUUGAUCUGUAAAACUGAGCACUUUACU